AUGGGCAAGAAAGGACUCGCGAUCAAAUGCAGCGUCAAGCCCAGCGGUCGUCCCGUUCUCGAAAAGAUGGCAUCCAAGACGGACGACAACACGUCGCUCGACACGACAAUGGAAGCCAUGGACCUCAACUGGAACAACGGAGCGCCGGUGCCGGUCGGUUCGGGCAGCGUGGCCCACAGCUUUGCUUCGAUGAACGAGAUCGCGGUCGCCGCGCCCGACGAGCCAUUGAGCCGAGCCGAGGUCGAGUAUUGGUCGACGGUUCUGGUCAACGCUACCUAA